AGUAGUAGCAGCAGCAGCAGUAGUAGUAGUAGUCUUAGUAGUAGUAGCAGCAGCAGCAGCAGCAGUAGUAGUAGUCUUAGUAGUAGUAGUAGCAGCAGCAGCAGCAGUAGUAGUAGUCUUAGUAGUAGUAGCAGCAGCAGCAGCAGCAGUAGUAGUCUUAGUAGUAGUAGCAGCAGCAGCAGCAGCAGUAGUAGUAGUAGUAGUCUUAGUAGUAGUAGUAGCAGCAGCAACAGCAGUAGUAGUAGUCUUAGUAGUAGUAGUAUCAGCAGCAGCAGCAGCAGUAGUAGUCUUAGUAGUAGUAUCAGUAGUAGUCUUAGUAGUAGCAGCAGCAGCAGCAGUAGUAGUAGUCUUAGUAGUAGUAGCAGCAGCAGCAGCAGUAGUAGUAGUCUUAGUAGUAGUAGUAGCAGCAGUAGCAGUAGUAGUAGUAGUAGUCUUAGUAGUAGUAGCAGCAGCAGCAGCAGUAGUAGUAGUCUUAGUAGUAGUAGCAGCAGCAGCAGUAGUAGUAGUCUUAGUAGUAGUAGUAGUAGCAGCAGCAGCAGUAGUAGAAGUCUUAGUAGUAGUAGCAGCAGCAGCAGCAGCAGUAGUAGUAGUCUUAGUAGUAGUAGUAGCAGCAGCAGCAGCAGUAGUAGUAGUCUUAGUAGUAGCAGCAGCAGCAGCAGUAGUAGUAGUCUUAGUAGUAGUCUUAGUAGUAGUAGUCUUAGUAGUAGCAGCAGCAGCAGCAGCAGCAGCAGUAGUAGUCUUAGUAGUAGCAGCAGCAGCAGCAGUAGUAGUAGUCUUAGUAGUAGUAGCAGCAGCAGCAGCAGUAGUAGUAGUCUUAGUAGUAGUAGUAGCAGCAGUAGCAGUAGUAGUAGUAGUAGUAGUCUUAGUAGUAGUAGCAGCAGCAGCAGCAGUAGUAGUAGUCUUAGUAGUAGUAGCAGCAGCAGCAGU